AUGGCGCCCAUAGCAGAUACCGUUGAUCCCACAAUCAAAGCCUUACGAGAGUCGCUUUGUUCCGAGGCCACCCCACUACCCGUGCGGUUUCGGGCUCUCUUCUCUCUGAAGCACCUGGCCACCCAGUCGCAAGAUGCCAGUGCCGAGGCUGCUAUGGAUGCGAUUGCGGCGGCUUUCGCCUCGCCUUCCGCCCUGCUCAAGCACGAACUGGCCUACUGCCUCGGUCAGACCCGCAACCUCUAUGCUGUCCCGCCUCUGCGCGAAUGCCUAGCCGAUCUCGACGAAGACCCCAUGGUCCGACACGAGGCCGCCGAGGCGCUCGGUGCGAUUGGGCAUGCCAGCAACAAGGACAUACUCUGCGAGUUCAGGGACCGGAAAGGAGAGAACGUGGCAGUUGUGGAGACUUGCGAGAUUGCCCUUGACCGAAUCGAGUGGGAGAACUCGGAAGAGAGGAAGCAAGAGAAGUUGCGCCAAAGUGACUUUGCCUCCAUCGACCCUGCACCACCCAUGCCGGAAUCUAAGAAGACCGUCGAGGAGCUUGGGAAUGAAUUAAUGGACACAAAGAUUCCCCUGUUCAUGCGCUACCGAGCAAUGUUUGCGCUCCGAGAUCUCGCAUCACCCCCCGACCUCCCAACCGCUGUCCCCGCCGUACAUGCUCUUGCGCGGGGAUUUGACGACCCUUCCGACCUCUUCCGCCACGAGAUCGCCUUCGUGUUCGGCCAACUAUCCCACCCAGCGUCUAUUCCUGCCCUUACAUCUGCGCUUAGCAAUCAGAAGGAGGCCGGUAUGGUUAGACACGAAGCUGCUGAAGCUCUCGGGAGUCUUGGGGACGAGGACGGGGUCGAAGACAUCUUGAAAGGCUUCCUCAAUGACCCGGAGCGCGUUGUCCGGGAGAGUGUCAUGGUAGCCUUGGAUAUGGCCGAAUAUGAGAAGGGAGAGCAGGCGGAAUAUGCGCUUAUACCGGAAAGCACCCCAGCUUAG